AUGAUUCAUCUGGACGGUAGGACCCUCGAAGGAGGCGGCCAACUUGUUCGGAUUGCAGUCGCCCUCUCAGCCCUCACCGGUAACCCAGUUCAUAUCGAAAACAUUCGAGGCAAUCGAUCCGGCAAGAAAGGGCUCAAGCAAUCCCACUUGGCUGCUAUCCAGUUUCUCGCGAGUCUAACAGGAAGUUCGGUAUCCGGUGCAGAGGUCGGCUCGUCUUCCUUGAGCUUUUACCCCCCCAAAACACGGUCCAAUCCAAGUGCUCAAGGCCAGCGAAUAAAUGAACUGAGAGUUAAACCAGCGAUGAAAAUUGAACUUCCAACGGCUGGGUCGAUAUUCCUUAUCUUCCAAGCAAUUUAUCCGUAUCUCCUACAUGUCGGAGCGUUCACCGAAGAGCCAAUAAGUGUAACUAUCACCGGUGGCACCAACGUGUCAUUCGCCCCGUCGAUUGAUUAUGUGGCUCAGGUUCUAGUGCCCAACUUCGCGAGGGUCGGCCUUCCCCCCGUUGCAGUGCAUCUGGAGAAACGGGGAUGGGCCACAGGACCUUUUAACUUAGGACAGGUGACGGCGAUCAUAGAGCCCCUUAAUCUUCGUCGAGAGGGCCAUCAUACACAACGGCUUCCCCAUUUCCCUUUGCUUGACCUCAGUCAAUUCAGUCGCGGAAUGAUUACCUGCAUUGAUAUCACUAUCCUUGCUCCGGAUGACCCUCUUCCGAGGAGAUCUAGUCAAACGAUAAAGGGAAAGAGAGGCCGAAAUGUGAAUCCUACGAGUCAUAGAAAUCACUUUCCAGGAAGCAUUCGUCAGCUAAUCGAGAAUGAGAUGCAAUGGGAACUUUGUAGGGAACUCGGGAAAUUGCCUUCGUUGAUUUUUGAAUCCUCAGACCCAGGACCCAAGCUUUCACCUAAUUCUAGCGACAGCGUGGUUCCGAUCAGAAUGCACCACUCGGAAGCCACACGGUGUCCAUCACGAGGAUAUAUACUUCUUGUAGCACACACAUCAACCGGAUUUAGGAUUGGAUACGAUGCGCUGCUAACGGGAGCGAGGACUGAAUCUCCCAGGCAGCAGAGAGGGCGAAGAGAGUGCAGUGGAUCGGAAGGGGACGUGAGGGCAGCGAAGAACAUGGUAAAGACAUGCGUUGAGGGAUUCGUUCGCGAAUUAUACGAUCCUCAUUUGCAGGAUUCUUCUGUUCUAGGACGGCACCAGCCUUGCGUCGACAAGAGAAUGCGAGAUCAGCUGGUUGUAUUUGAGGCUUUAGGAGGAAAACUGGAAACAACGCAUUCUGAAGAUGAGCGAUACUGGAGCCUUCAUACGCAGACUGCACGGUGGGUGUGCGAGGAAAUGCUUGGGGAUGGCCGGUCACGGGAUGGAUGUGUUAAGGGUUCACAAGCCCCUCCUAGUAUUAUCUCUGAGCUUUGUCUACACUAUCCAAGAUGA